UUCACUCAGAAGCGCUUCUCCGCCCCUCUCUUCCCCAACGAAAAAAGCCGUUUUUUUUUCCUUUUUUUUCUUGUUUUCUCCCUCUCCCCGAGCUUCUCUCCUCCUCCUCCUCCUCCUCCUCCACCGCCUCCUCUCCUCUCCCCCCCAUUCUUUUCCCCUUUUGUUGGUGCAUUUUAUGGUGGAUCGAGGAAGAGGAGGAGGAGGAGGAGGAGGAGGAGGAGGAGGGGAGUAAUGGGGCGGAGGAAGAGGACGAUGCUGGUGUUGCUCUGCGCCUCGGUCCUCGCGCCCCUCCUCCUCUACACGGAUCGCCUCUCCAAUCUCCGCGCCGACGAUCCCAUCCAGAAUAACGGUUUUGUUGAGGAAGUGACGAAUUUGGGCCAUAAAAUUGAGAAUGAGAAAUUGAACGCGCUUCCUCAGGAGUUGAGUAGUAGUGUAAAAGAGCCAAUUGGGAUUAUUUACUCUGAAAAUGUGAGCACUUCCCCGCCGAUUUUGGCGCAAUUCAAUGAUGGAUCUACAACAUUGAGAGAGACCCAAUUGAGAAAGUCCGGAGAGCACAAGAACAGGGCGCUGUCGGAAGCGCCGGAGAAGAAAACUCCACCUCUGCCGGACAUCGGCAGCGUGAUCUUGCAAGUGACCACCAAAGAGGAAAAUAAAUCGGAAGUUAAGUUGGAGCCAACAUCUACUAAGAUUGUUCCUGGAAAUAAUCACCCAGUGAACAGAAAUAAAAACAGUGGUAACUCCGAAAUCCUUGAUUCCAGAGUUCGGCAUCUUAAGGACCAACUGAUCAGGGCAAAGGUUUAUCUCAGCCUCGCAGCCACUCGAACCAAUGCGCAUUUCAUCAGAGAGUUGCGUGCACGGAUAAAAGAUGUGCAACGAGCACUCGGCGAAGCGACCAAGGAUUCAGAGCUACCGAGGAAUGCUUAUGAAAAGCUAAAGGCGAUGGAACAGACUUUGGCUAAGGGCCAGAAGAUCCAAGACGAUUGUGCUUCGGUUGUAAAGAAACUCCGUGCAAUGCUCCACUCAGCAGAACAACAGUUGCAGGUCCAUAAGAAGCAGGCGCUAUUUUUGACGCAACUUGCGGCAAAAACCCUGCCCAAAGGUCUCCAUUGCCUACCCUUAAAGCUUACCACCGAGUACUACUCACUCGAACCAGCCAAGAAGCACUUCCCCAACGAGGAAAAGCUCGAAGACCCUAAACUCUAUCACUAUGCUUUGUUCUCGGAUAACAUAUUGGCGACGGUGGUGGUUGUUAAUUCAACAGUGCUUAAUGCUAAGAAUCCGUCAAACCAUGUGUUCCACAUAGUAACCGACAAGCUAAACUACGCUGCGAUGAAAAUGUGGUUCUUAGCUAACCCACCUGGGAAAGCCACGAUCGAAGUCCAAAACAUUGAAGAGUUUACAUGGCUUAAUGUGAGCUACAGUCCCGUGCUGAAACAGCUGGGAUCUCGGUCUAUGAUCGAUUACUAUUUUAGGACUCAUCGUGCGAACUCCGAUCCAAAUUUGAAGUACCGAAACCCAAAGUACCUUUCGAUUUUAAACCAUUUAAGGUUCUACCUACCUGAGAUUUUUCCGAAGCUUGACAAGGUGGUAUUUUUGGACGACGAUAUUGUGGUACAAAGAGACCUAUCUGCGCUUUGGUCGAUCGAUCUAAAAGGGAAAGUGAACGGCGCGGUUGAGACUUGUGGGGAGAGCUUCCACCGGUUCGAUCGGUAUUUGAAUUUUUCGAACCCCGUCAUCGCGAAAAAGUUUGAUCCUCGUGCUUGCGGUUGGGCGUACGGAAUGAAUGUGUUUGAUUUGGCGGAGUGGAGGAAGCAAAAGAUCACAGAGGUCUAUCACUACUGGCAGAAGCUUAAUCACGAUAGGCAACUAUGGAAGCUGGGAACUCUUCCGCCCGGUUUAAUUACAUUCUGGAACAACACGUUCCCCCUGGAUCGUUCGUGGCACGUGCUCGGCCUCGGCUACGAUCCGCACGUAAACAACAAGGAGAUCGAACGGGCCGCAGUCAUACACUACAAUGGAAACAUGAAGCCGUGGUUGGAGAUCGGCCUCCGAAAGUACCGUGGCUACUGGUCUAAGUACGUAAACUACGAUCAAUCUUUUCUGCGCCACUGUAAUAUCAACCCGUAAAGGAAUUUGGUAAGUCCUCGAUCUCUCUCGACGAAUUGAUCCCGCCUUAAUCUUGUUUUUCCUCAGCAUUGAUCUUGAUCUUUUGUAGGGUAGUAGGAUUUAUUUGUCUCUUGAUUUGUUUGUUUCGACGAGCACGUAGUUCGCUGUAGUGUUUUCUAUUUGUAUGUUUUUUGCGCCUAACUGCGAAAACCGCAGUUAUAUUGUAUAUGUUUUGAGUUGUAGCUUGUAAACAUUUCCCCCCCCCUCAAUUAAUGUUAUGCAUUUGCUCCAA